UGUAGUGAUGAGGCUGAUGGAACCAUUCCUAGACAAGGGCAGAAAUGUUACCACGGACAAUUUCUUCACAUCGCUGUCAUUUGCGCAUAAACUUCUUAGCCGGAAAACCACCAUCCUCGGCACAGUCAACAAGAUUCGCCGGGAAAUCCCUCAAUCCGCUAGACACACAGAUCGCAAUGAAUUCACCACUCAGGUGUUUUCAACCACUGCUGCUACGCUGACGGCGUAUGCGCCCAAACGGAAGAAGACCGUCUACAUUCUUAGCAGCAUGCACAGCGUGAUUCAGACUGAUAAUACCACCAAAAGGAAGCCAAACACUGUCACCCUUUACAACACCACAAAGUGCGGCGUGGAUGUGAUGGACCAGAUGGUGCGGGAGUACACUGUCCGCACAGGGACACGGCGCUGGCCAGUUGCCGUGUUCUAUAACAUGAUUGACAUGGCAGCACUGAAUGCACAUGUGCUGUAUCAAGCAUGCACCGGAAGGCAGGAAAGACGGGUGGACUUCCUGGUGGAGCUUGCAAGAGAGUUGGCUAACUCUCAUAUGUGUGCGAAGAAGGCAAGAAAAGAACAAUUGCUUCGGACAAAACCCUCCACACCUAGCCCUGGAAAAAGAGCCAUGUGUCAGGUCAAACACCAAUGCAAGAACAAUCAUGCCACUGUGCGAUGUGUUCACUGCUACAGAUACACAUGUGGUAAAUGCAGACGGGAGAUACCAUGGCAGUGCCAGGAUUGUGAGUGAUUGCUGGAAUGUACUCACUCACUUUUUAAUAUCAUUUGUAAAUAUGUGUACAAAUGGUUGGUUUCUUUAUUUUAUUUUGUACUAUUUUUAUCAAUAAAUCUCAGCAACAAAGGAAAAAAAACGUGUGUUGAUUUCUCCCUAAGAUGGCAAAGUGAAACACAAGUUUCCUUGAAGUGGCUCAGCAUGGCCCCACAUUGUUUACAUAACAAAAGCAACUGUUCACAGCUGAUUAAGGAUAUUAGCCUAAAGCCUUCCAGCCCAUCGGCUGUCCUGCGGGUUUUAUAGGUAGAAAAGCCAAAUGGCUGCUCUCUGGGACUUCUAG